AUGCGGGUCGUGGUUUCAUCUUUGGAGCGAGUGCCUGGUUCGUUGAUUGGGGAGGGUCGGAACCAAGCGCAGAGCUUGCCUCGGAGCUUCGGAGCCUUAGCCUCGAACCCUAGAACAAAACUCCUCCGUAUUUGGAGAUCGAUGCUCAUCAGCAGUUAUCGGCAGUCACAGAAAUCCCAUUUAACGAUGGGAUUGGGGUUUUUGGAGAAGGUAUGCCAGUGGUCUGUUUGCUUAUGGGUGUCGUCAGGGGAGGCAUCUUUAAUUGUGAAACGGCAGUCCCAGUUUGGGGCGAACUUAGAGUUUCGCCUAAGUUUAUCACCUGAAGUUGGGUCUCAACCAUCUAUGCCUGGGAACGAAUUUGGAGAUAGGGUUCACAAUUUCUUUGCGCAAGACAAUUCUUCGCAAAGGCAGCAUCAAUCACGUGUUCUGGAAGGUAACUGGCCUGUGCUAAACAGUGAUUAUUGGGUUGGCAGCCAGAGGCAGAUUGAUGUGCCUAACCCCAGCAGUAAAGAUUACCUAUCGCAAAAUUCUGAAUUUGAUAGAGGACCGGCCAGCUAUCCUGUACAUGUGCCUCAUGGCUUGAACUUUUCCCAAUCAAAUCUGAGACCUGAUACUUCUAAAGCUCAGUACGGCGACCAGCAGUAUUCAAAUGGGGUUGUGUAUGGAAAUCAGUUUCACCAGAAUAGGCAGAAUGAAGGCAACUUUCUGGCAGUGGAUAUGGCCUCUAAUCAGCAUCUACUCUCUGGGAGAGGCUUAUCUUUCGCGGAAACACAACAAGGAAGCGGCCAUGAACAAGAAAAAACUUCAGACAGAUCAGAUACCUCUAUGGCCCAUGUAAGUCUUGAUCUAUUUGGCGGUCAGCAGCAGAUGAACCAUGAGCAAGCAAGCAUGUUGCAGGCAUUACAUCGUCAACAAACUGGCCUUAAUGACAUGCAGCAAAUGCAGCAACAAAUCAUGAUGAGGAAAAUGCAAGAGUUUCAAAUGCAGCAGCAACUGAAGCAGCUUGGUUUAAGGCCUCAAGAUCUUGUCAAUCAGGUUCCAACCUUUACCAAACCGACAUCUGGCAGCCAGCCCAAUAUGGUUAAUGACAGUUCCAAUUCUGAUGCUUUACAGUAUCCAUGGACAGCUGAUUCUGGUACAAGUUGGCUGAAUGGUCCUUCAGCCAUGAAAGGGUCCCCCGUUGGAUUUGUUUUUCCACAAAACAUGGCCCCAACACAACGUUUAAUGGAUUUUGUGCCUCAACAGGAUGAUCAGUCUCUUUAUGGAGUUCCUGUUUCCAGUUCAAAGGGAUUGGCAGCAAACCAAUAUCCUCAGAUGGUGUCAAGUAGAUCUUCUAUGCCACAAGUGGAAGCCAUUAGCAAUUCUCUUCAUGGUCGUCACCAUAAUUUUUUAUCUGAUCAAAUUGGUGUGCAGGAAUCGAAUCCCAUUUCUCGACCGAAAGUUCAAAUUGAAAAUAUUGGACAUGCUUCAAGCCAAUCAUUAAAUACUGGGAUUGCUGAUAGGGGACUCCAAAUGCCAAAAAAUGAACCACAGCAGCGCUUUGCUGGAAGGAAGGAGCCACCUGCUCAGUUAGAGACCUCAAAUGAAAAAUCUACCCAGCAAUUUUCUUCAUCUCCGCGUGAAGCUGCCCUAGAUCCUACCGAAGAGAAGAUUUUGUAUGGUUCGGAUGAUAAUAUAUGGGCUGCCUUCGGGAAGAGCCCUAAUCUGAGUGGAGACACUACAGGCAAUUUAUUUGAUAAUGGUGGGCUAUCAAAUGGAUUUCCGUCCAUUCAAAGUGGUAGCUGGAGUGCUCUCAUGCAGUCUGCAGUUGCAGAAACUUCUAGCAGCGAUGUAGGCCUGCAAGAGGAGUGGAGCGGUUUGAACUUUCACAGUAAUGAUGGUGCUUCCGCAAAUCAGCCCGCUUUGGUGCACAAUGAUUAUGUGAAGAAAGCAUCUUUGCCUGAAGAGGAUAAGCGAAUCCCUCCAACACUAAAUUCUGGAUCAGUUCGUUCUUCUGAAGAUAUAAACAGUGGUAAUGCAUUGGGAUCGAAUCAAAUUGCACACAAGUUUCAACAGGAAUCAGGCAUAAGAGUGUCGACUGAUGCAUCUCAAAGAUAUAUGCAGUCCUUGGAUGAAUCUAGCAAGUGGUCUAAUCGCAACACCCAACAAAAAUUAGUUGCUGAAGGGAGCCAAAUAUAUGAAAAUGCCUCACCACAUUCACUGGAUGCGGAGAGGACUAACGAAAAAGUAUCUGCUACUUGGUUUCCCCGGCAGGCUGGAACUUUUUUUGAACGAAAUGGUUGGAAUGCUCAGGCAGCUGUACCACGUGGGGGAGAUGGAGUGAAAAAUCAGGAAGCUCAAUUGCCAGCAAAGUUGCAGAACAACCGGUUGAUGGUAAUGCAAGAUGUAAAUGGAAGUUCGUCUUGGAAGUCGAAUUCUCCUAGUUCUGCUAUUGAUUUUGGCCCUGUUAAAGUUGGAAACCACUUAGCAGAUAAAGAGCUUCUGAGUUUAAAUCAUGCUUCUGCUUCAGUAGCAAACUCAUGUAACAUGGGGGUUGAUGAUGGAAACAGUUCAGUUGUUCCUAAUAAUAGCUUGCUCAAUCAGUGGAAGAAUGCAUAUCCUCUAGGCAAAUUCCAGGGGAGUAACCUUUUGGGGAGCAAUCAGGGUAUGGAGUCAUCAAAUAAAAGUAACAAAGAUGAAGUUAGAAGACUGGAUAUGGAGAAUUUCGCUGUGAAGGAGAAUUCUAGUGAUAGCCUCCAUUCAAACUUAUCUCAGCAUGGCCUUAGAGAAGUGGGAUUGUCUGAUGCAUGCGAUUCAAGGUCUUUGCCCCAUGGGAAGCAGAAAUUAACCAAUCAGCAUGCUAGUAAAGUUUCUGUUCCUCGCAAGUUUCAGUACCAUCCCAUGGGAAAUUUGGAUGAGGAUGUGGAACCUACUUUUGGGUUGAAGCAGCCAAUGCAGCUACAGCCCAGCUCCCUACAGAAUGCCCAUUUUGGCCAGGCAAAUCAGGUCUCGAGAUAUUCUUCUGUAACAGAUGAGGGUGAGCAUCCAAAAGACAAUAAAAGGAGUAGCUAUGAGCCUAUCCGUGGCAGCUUUCCUGGUAGCGCCUCUAGAAUAUCUUUUCCCUUUAAUCGGCCCCUUGAUACAAACAUGCUGAACAAAGCUUCUUCACCUAGUCAAAAUAUGUUGGAGCUCCUUCACAAGGUGGAUCAGUCGAGAAAUGAUGGUGGUGCGGCUCAUUUAAGUUCUUCUGAUUGCAAUGUAUCAUCUCAGCCACCUGAAGCGGAGAAGUCUGAUGGGUCUGCUGGUUACACUCAUCAUUCUUCGAGUUCUAAAGGAUUUGGAUUACAACUUGGCCCGCCGUCACAACGUGUGAAUGUUCCUGAUCUUUCAUUACCUUCUCAAAGUGCUCGGGAUGUGGCCAAUUCCAUGCAUACUGGUCAUGCUGGUGGAGAAAUGAGAGACAAGAUGAUCCAAGCAUCUUCAGUGCAAUCUUCGCCAUUUUCUAAUGAAGGAUCUCAGUAUGAAAAUCACAGAUCUGCAGGUCCAGGCAAUCUUGGGGAUGAAAGCUACAAGGCACCUGGAAAUUAUCAACAAGCACCCGACACUCAGUAUGCAAGAAGUCAACUGCAAAACAGUCAUAAUCUUCCUUCAUAUGGUGGUAUUGCUGGUGCUUCUGAUAUACAAGAAAGUGGUCAAGCUGCAACAGCAUCGACCAGGAAUCAGAUCCACAGUUCUCAGCAUUUUGGUAUGCCUGGCAAUUCACAACAGGUUUUGCAGGACAUUUGGAACAAUAUUCCUUCAUCUCAACAUUCUUUGGCCUCUCAGUACCCAAAGGCCCCUUCACACCUUUCAGCGCCACACCAGCCAAAUAUUGUGGAGUCAAGUCGUGCUGAUCUGCGUGAUAGCAAAGGGGAUCAUGUUUUAUCUGGAUUAAGUUCAAUUUAUGCAAACACUCAAGGUGAGGUUGAUGAGGAAAAACAUAGGUCAAAGGAAAGCUCUGGGCAUGUGGGAAAUGUUGAUUCAACAUCAAAAGGUGAAGAAUCUCUGGGUAAAACAUCCUCGAAGGAUAAUUUGGAAGAGUUUCCUGUUAAUUCUGCUUCAACCCAGAAGGAUAUGGAAGCAUUUGGUCGAUCCCUGAAACCUAAUGCCUUCUCUAAUAAUAACUACGCCUUGCUAGAUCAAAUGAGGGGCGUGAAGGAUGAACAAACUGAUCCAAGCAUUAGGGUCUCUAAGAGGAUGAAAGGACCGGAUAAUCUUUUUGAUGUUCAUCAAUUUCAUCCUGGAGCAGGGCAGCAAAAUGAAGGCAAUGUUGGAAAUAUGAUGGGUUCAAGUACCGGAGUUUCAUCUGAAGAUUCAAGGAUGUUCAGAUUAACUUCAUCUGAUAUGAUGCAGAGGAACACUGCUCCACAUGGAAAUAUUGCGCCACAGGAUAUUGUGGUUGCUGGUGUGGAUGCUUCUCAGAAUAACCGUUCUGAUUGUACUACUACUUUGAGAGCUGAGAAUCAUCAGGUUGCCCCACAGAUGGCACCAUCCUGGUUCAACCAAUAUGGCCACUUUAAAAAUGGGGAGAUGUUCCCUGUAUGUAAUGCACAUAAUGUCAACUCUAUAAGACCAAAUGAGCCGUCAUCAACUGUUGUUAAGACUUCAAGCAUUAUGGAUGCUCCUAGUUUAGAGCAGAAUAGUCCUGCUGCCCCAGUUGGUGCUUGUCAAGUUGGCAGCACUCUGAAAUCUGCGCCCACAUUGGUAACGAAUGAGCAUUUGUCUCGUGCCCCGUCAUUGCAACUGACAGUGACGGGUGAGCAUAAGGUGAUUUUAAGACCCCAAAAGCGCAAGACUGCUACUUCUGAACUUCAUCCUUGGUCAAAGGAAAUAUCAGAUGGGUCACAAAACUUUUUGGUUCUCAGUGCGACAGAGGGCGACUGGAGUAAGGCAGCAAAUCGCCUUGCUGAAAAGGUUCGGGAUGAUGCUGAAUUAAAUGAAGAUGGAUCCCCAUUGCUUAGAUCAAAGAGAAGGCUUAUUUUAACAACACAACUCAUGCAGCAAUUGUUUCGCCCUCCACCAGCGAGUAUUCUCUCUGCUGAUUCUAGUUCUGCACAUGAGAGUGUGACCUAUGGUGCAUCUAGAGUAGCAUUAGGGGAUGCAUGCAGUGUUGUUUCAUGCUCGAGUGAUUUUGGUCGCCAUGAUUGCCUGGACCGACACUCCGUGAAGUGCAAACUAAAUGGCGAUCCACGUUUUGCAAAAGUUAUUGAAGAGUUGUUGGGAAAAGCUAGGAAGCUAGAGGAUGAUUUCUUAAGGUCUGUAUCGCAUAUUAUUUGGAGUAUAUCUGAUGGCAAUGUCUUACUUGACAAGAAUGCAUCAGUAUUGGACUUGAGAGUCGAAUGUCAAGAACUCGAGAAAUUCUCAGUCAUCAACCGAUUUGCAAGGUUUCAUGGUCGGUCGCAAAAUGACAAUGCUGAGUCAUCAUUAGUAUCCACAACAGCAACUACUUCAAAUCCUCAUAUGCAAAGAUACGUACUUGCGUUGCCCAUGUCCACAAAUCCACCUGAUUGGGGUAUCAUGGUUGAAACUUUGAAGCAGUCUUGUAUGGAUUUCCAGCUGUUCUGUACAUCACCUCUUCCAUGGAUUUGGGUCAUUGAAACACUAGCAUGCUCUGACCAAGUUGAUACAACUCUUUUACUAGAUUUACUUGAGAGAACACCAGAGAUAUCCGAUGAUCAUGGUAAAAAUGCAAGGGAAUUGGUAUCGUUGAGAAUUUUAGAGAGUUUAUUCAUUCAAGGAGCUCGUGGAAAUCCAGUAUCUUCUACCUCAAUUCAAAAAAUUAGAUUAGAUCCAUCCAGUGAUAGCUGUGAAGAUGUCCUUCAACGAAUAUUGACUGAGGAUUUGACCAAGAUAUCUCCACUGCAUCUGAAACCUCCUUUCCCAGAGAUGUCAAAAUGGGACCUUCAGCCUUUUAUCCAGUAUAAAAAAUCUAGCUUGACUCGGCAUGCUUUAGAGAAGGUGGAUGGAUCUCUGAAAAAUGCAGUGCGUACAGGAGGCCAUUCUUUCCUUGCAUCUUUGAAGGAACGAAGUGGUUUGAAAGAUAAGAAAGAACCUGAGCAUGGAGUAACUGGUGCCGAUGAUGGUAACGUCUCACGAAGAGAUUUACCGGAUGAGAAUAUAGCACCACUUAACAGGAAAAGAAGGGCCACUAGUGAGACAGAAGAUAUCUCUGAAACCCAUGUAGAGUUAGUCAAGAAGAAUAAGCAUGACAUCAUUUCCCAUGAACAGAAUGUAGGUGAGAAAGUGAUAUCUGCGGCUGAUGAUGCACAAUUAGCCGAUAAGCCUGCAGAAUCUGUGAAGCACAGUGAGGGAAGAAGAUGCAGUUUGGGAACAGAGUCUUGUGCUGGGGACGUGGAGAUGGACAGACCUUCUAACGAAAUUGGGUGUACUUCACCGAAGGGGCUUGGUGGUUCUAAUGACGUUUUACCAUGUGAGAAGCGCGUUCUUUGUUGUGACACUGAACCGAAUAACAAAACUGAGGGUACGCGUGGCCAAAACGAUGACAUUGAAGGAGAAAAAGGUGACGAGGAAGUGAAUGAAGUCGAUACCUUUGGCAAUACUGAUGGGGAAAAUGAUGACAAUGCUGAUAUUACCACAAAGGAUGCAAAGGAACUAGAAUCCUUGACAACAACUAGAUGUAGAGAUCAAAAUAUGGCAGGUACAUACAUGAGAGACAGUGGUGAAGAAAGGUGCAGUUUAGGGAAGGAGGCUGAUGUAGAGGUAGUGGAGCAAAGUAUACCUCUGGAAGAUGUUAAUGACAUGUAUACUUCAUUACAAGGUCAUGUUACUCGUGAUGGAGUUUUGCCUCAUGACAAUCAGGCUCAAGAUUUGGUACCACCAUGCCAAAAUGGAAAUUCUGAUGGUGAGGAGAGACAAGGUCUCGAAAAUGAGAAUCCAGAAGGUGAUGAAAGUGUUUUGCAUGGGCUCAGAACAACCAAUGAAGACGUGAAUCAAUUGCAACCAAGUGUUUUGGGGAAUCUGCCAAAUAUUGAUGAAAAUGAAGACGUCGAUAUGUCUACUGACAGUGAUGGAUGCCAUGACGAGAGGACUAAUAUUGCUACGCAGAAGCAAACAUUUUUGAGCUCCCAGUGCACAUACAGUCAAGAUUCUUUGGCUACAACUGAUUGGAGAGGAUUAAAUUUAUGUGUAAAAUGUAACUUGGGCGGAAAAUUACUGGUUUGUGGUUCAGAUUCCUGUCCUCUAGUGAUUCACCAGAGCUGUUUGGGUUCAGAUGCUGACUUUGACACGACUGGGGAAUUUUACUGCCCGUCUUGUGCAUAUUCUCGAGCAAUUUCAAAGUACUUGGAGAUUAAGAAAAGGACUGCCUUGGCAAGGAAGGACUUGGCAACUUUUUUCUGCUUGGGGACCCAAAAAGGAUCAGGAAAACAGUCUCAGAGAUUAUACGAGGCAAAUGAAAAUAAUUUGGAACAGAAUGAUGGUUUGCCUAAAGGUGAUGGAAUGAAAAGGAGAGCAGAAAGGGUCAGUGAUCGUCAUCGGAGGAGGAUAUUGGAAUAUGAACAGCCAGGUCUUUCAGAACACAGUCCUCCUUUUGGAAGAAAAGUUGUAACCUCAACCAAUACCCAAUCUCUGGAAGAAGGUAGGCAAUCUUUCAAAUCUCAGAAAGCUAGUGGAGAACAACAGGGACCUGCAGUGGAGAUUGACAUAUCUCGGGGAAAAAGUACAUCUGGCCAGGUUAUUGAGGGACGUGGUAGGAGUGAGAAGCGUGCCAAUAUUGGAUCCGAAAAGGGAACCUUGCACUCACCAGAAACAGACGUACCUCAUGGAAAAAAAUCUUUACGAAGCUCUGAAUCCACUGACGUGGAAGAAACAUCAGAGCAAGAAAAUGAGAACUCGGGGGCCUCCAAGAACAUUAGUAAUGAAAAGGUUAAUCUUAUCUUCCUAUGCAGUUCAUAUCCAGCCAUUCCUCAACUGAGACGGAAACGAAUCCCCUGGACUAGUGAAGAAGAAGAAAAAUUAAAGGAAGGGAUGAGAGUACACUGUAGCCGACACGACAAACUAAUUCCGUGGAAGAAAAUUCUGGAACAUGGGGCCGGUGUCUUCCAUCAAUGUCGUAGCACGGUUGAUCUCAAAGAUAAAUGGAGGAAUUUGUGCAAAGCAACCCCGAAAAAGUCCUAGUGGAAGUUCUCUCUUGUGAAGAAAGACAUUUUUUGUUAAAUGCAUGCUUGUAGUUUAUGUUCAAAUGAAAGUUCUCGUGGCUUUUGGGUUCUUUUGAUGUUUUAGUUUAUGUUCUUCAGUUGAAUGCAUUAAUUUGAACACGAGUGUUUCACUGAGGGAUUGUCAUUUAUUAUGUAUGACUGCCUCAACGUGAAUAAGUAGCUGCUAAUAUUUUAUGUUCUCAUCUAAGUUCGAAACCAAUUGUUUAAUUUCUUUCUUUUUUUUUUUUUUUNCCAGGGGUACUUUCGAUUUUUAUUAUGUUUCUCUAGGCUCAGCACAAAUAUUGGAAAAAGCCAACAAAAAUAUUAGUUUAAUGCCUUCAGAACCUUAUACUGUGUUUUGGUAA